AAAUUCUCAGAAAGCUGGCGAGACGGUGAAAAUAAUAACCAUAAGAUAUGUUUUAAUUCCCCCCAACGUGAUACCACUCGAAAAUAAUAAUGUCGUAGGUGUUUUAUACACUAUUUUUUUACGUAUACGUGGAAUGAUACUAAUUUAGCCGUGAGUCAGGUAUCAGGUACGCCCACUUCCGGGAAUGCCAGCGUCACGAGCUUACCUGGGAGCGCAACUCGAGACGUACGACAGAUGGAAAGGCGAAUGCCCGUAGCCAUGUCCACACCGUGGCGUCCCCUGUUCCUCAUGCUGGCUGGAGCUGUUCUGUGUGCAGCAGGUCUGAUGGAACACGACUCGCAGUGCAACAUCACCUGCUCUCAGGGUCUGAAAGGAUGCACAGUUGUUAAUAAGAACUGUGUGCUUCCUCAAUGUGAGGGUGCACUUCCACCUAGCACUUCCACGCCGGUGGAAGUUUUGACUCUCAGUGUGGAACCUGCUAUCUGCGUAAAAAUGCACAAAGUUUGUCUCCUGAUCCAAAUCCAGCUCAGAGUCCUUGCCGAUGACGAUGUCAGUGGAGAAACACCGGAUGAUUCAGAAAAUGAAGACAGUGCUGCUUUAAUCCUGUGCUACAUGUCUGCACCGAAUCUCAUGUCCUGCAAUGAGAUCAGCUUUAUUGUGAAAUCCAACACACGGAAGAACCAAGAAGAACUGGUGAUGGUGGAGGUGCAGGACGGUGUGUACCUGGGCAGCACUGUGACUGUCAUGCUGAACAACAUGUCUGAGAAAGUUCACGUCCCACUGGCUUCCUCAGUGUGUCCUUCUCCUCAUGUAAAGGAAUGUAAAACUCCCAGAAUCUCCCCAAACAUUGACGUGGUCAGAGGAGUGAUGGAGCUGAAAGCAGAGCCCGAGGACCCGGAGGUGCCGCUGCAGCUGUGUGUGAAGAGGAAAGGGAUGACCCUGUGUCAGCUGAGUGAAUGGAUCAUCCCUCUACACGCCGUCACACACUGCAUGUGUUUCCAGGCUUGGAAGCAAAACAAAGAUGAUAAAAUAUCUUUCCGGUCUGAAAAAUGCCCCUUUGAGAAAGAAGAAGGGUUGAGAAGGAACGCGAUGAGGAACGUGUCCCUGUCUGUCCGACACGUGGAGUCAAACGAAGGCCGUCUGGCUCUGAACUGGAACCUGAGUGCCCCCUGCAGGCUGGAGGCUGAGGUGUGGCCAUGCCAGAUGGCUGUGAAUGUUGGAGGAGGCUGCAGGGAAGUGCCGGGAUUCAGAAGGAACACGAGUAUGGGGUGGGAGGAGAACAUCAGCACUGUGUGGAAAUCUGACUCAUUUCUGGACGUUAGAACUACAAACAAUCUGCCCCCCUGUGUGAUGUUUAAAGUGGACGGACAAACGUUCGGCCCCUUUUGUGAGGAUUACACCACUAGGGUGCGCUGGAUCUGCCUGGUGGUUGUCACACUGCUGCUGGUAGUCCUGCUUAUAGUGGCGGUCUUUGUGCUCAGGAUCAGACACAGAGAGUGGCUUUCAAACUCCAUCCCAACCCAUCAGUCCCAAGGUCUCCGUGGUGAAGUGCUGCUUGUGCACUUGUCCAGUUCUGAUCCAUCUUUCUCAGACACCGUGUGCUGGUUUGCUACCUGGCUUUCUGAUCUCGGCUUCUCCGUCUCUCUGGAUCUAUGGAACCAGGCCGAAGUGAGCAAGCUGGGUCCGACCCCAUGGCUGUACUCGCGGCUUCAGCACGUCCAAACGAGUGGCGGCAAAAUCCUGCUGCUGCUCUCGCAUGACGCAGUGCUCCGAGCCAAAACCUACUCUGAGCGCUGGAGCUGUGUGUCGAACGAAGACGACAAGACGAGCAGACCAUCCUGGCUGUGGAACGUCGACGUCUUCAGCUCGGCUCUCAGCUCCCUUUUCUCCGCUCGUCUGCAGGGUGGCGCCACUGAGCACUUCGCUCUGGUGCAGUUGGACACAGAGGCGCUUGAGCUGCCCGAGCUGUUUCAAGGCCUGAAGCUAUAUCAGCUGCCAUCAGAGUCUCAGCGCCUUCUCGCAAAUCUCCAAACCAGGUGUCUCAGAAGCUUUGGCGCUCGGCUCAAGAGGUUCCUGUGGACCUGGAGAGCCUCGGCGAGGCUGGAGAUGAGGCUGAGGAACUGUGGGAAAGAGCAGCGCUCGCGUACCGAGUCCACGCUCACACACGUCAAAUCGCUGAGCGUGGAGGAAGAGACACUCCCUCUUAACUCUACCUCACAGAGCAGGGAUGAAGUCCCGAUCCCAGGUUCAUGAAAUGAAGUCUGUACAAAACGUACAAAUGAAGGAAGAAAACAUUAACACGUCUCAUAUGUUUCUCUUCUGUCAGGAACUCAGUAUCAGUUCCUAAGUGAAGAUGUGUCUGUGCUUUUUCCACCUUUACAGAGUUCAAUAUUUCUAAAUAUUUCUUCCCUCUAAGUGAUACAUGUGAAGUGCCAGAUCUUCAGCAUCCCAAAGACGCUUCAACCAUCGCCUCAGUGACACAGAGACAGUUUUAACGAUUUGGUACAAAAGUUUUAACAUCAGAUCAGCGGAUCCCAAUCUGUUUGUAUUUAUUUGAACAUUAUUUUAUACAUUACCUGUUUGACAGUAUAUCAUAAUUUCAGCAUUCUUCAAAAAUUCAUUGUAUCCCAUGCUUCUGGUCCAUAGAGGAAGUGAGCUGAAAGGCAAUAUUGGGACACAGUAAUGGGAUAAACUCAACAUGUGGAAGUAAGUUUGGAAAUAUAAAAAGGGAAGAGAUUUGUGUGGAAUUUUCACUUCCGCCAGAGCUGAGAUGAACAUGGCAUCCCUCGUCUGCUCCUGGAGCUUUACACAGAAGCUAGUCUAAUGCUAAGCUCAUGGAAAUGUCACAUAUUCUGUUAACUGAUUCAGAGCAGGUCUCCUAGUGACUCGCUGAACACGUGUGCAGCUUGUUGUUGCUGGUCUGGUCUCAGCACUCAUGAGGAUAAGGAGGAUGAUGAGGAUGGACUCUGAUCUUCUGAUCUGAUCAGUAAACACGGGUCUGAAUUUGGGUCAAUUCUCUGCAUUUACUUGUUUUAUUGGAAGGAAAUAAUGCGCACUUUGUCCUGCAGAUGAAAGAUAAUUCAAGUUUUUGAAAAACUGCAAGUCAAGCUACUUCAUAGGACGUACAUAUCUGAGGAGAAAAUAACAAUUCAGCAGACAAGGCUCUGCUCUUUAUCCUCCUGGGGUUUCUGAAAGAUGCAGAGAGAAAGUGGUUGUUUUUUUUGUUUUGUUUUGUUUUGUUUAACAUUUGCGAGAGGAAUCAUGUAAAUGUUGUACCUGUGUAUGUUUAUUCAUAUGGAAACACAUUUAUUGCAUAAUACUGUAUAUAAUCUAUAUGUAAUGUGUCUGAUUUUACACACAGCCACAGUGUCGCUUUUUUUAAAUCUCAAUGUGAUAAAGUUUAGGAUUAAUAAUAAUAUAUUAUUGAAGAACGAUGAAGUGUUUAAUCUAUUAUUUACCUCCUGUUUAUUUAAUA